CUCCAAAACAGUUUCCGUUUGAGUCUGACUAACCGAUUGUUCAGACAUCAUUGAUCUCUCCAUUUGUAGUGUACCUUCUGCGAGAUAGUGUCGUGAAACUACAUAUAAUCACUGCGCUGUGAUUUAAUGUUCAAGAUACUUUCAGGUUACUUCAUACUGUCAUCAUUCGUAAUCCGAUAAAAGCGACGGCGACGCCAUGUUUAAUAUUGGUGUACAAAACUGUUUUUGUACAUUCAGUACAAUCGUGAACGAAACAUGUUUUUCAGUUCGUGAAGUAAAAAGACAUAAUUGUUCGAAAAUAUGUCUACCUCUUGUAUCAUUUAUAAAUAUUGUCCGUACGGAUGAACAAUUUGCUAAACUGCCGCGGUGGUGACUGUUUAGUGGUCUACUGUACUUGUAAGAUUUCCUAUAAAUACUCAAAUACUAAUGCCUAAUUUUGCACGGAAAUACAUAUUGAGAUCAAUAUCAGCAUCAAAGGCUUCCUGGUAUUAAUUUGAUACCAUUUACAGACUCAUCUGAUAUGGAGCCAGUUAAUAAAGUUCCUUUGCCAUUAGAACCAAUAAAGUCAAAUCAGGUGGAAGACAGGAGAUUGUGGGUGGGAAAUUUAGAUUUAAGAAUUAAUGAGUACCAACUCCUAAAACUCGUCCAAAAACAUGGAACUAUUGAAAAGUUCGACCUCCUAUUCCACCGGUCAGGUCCACAAGCCGGUCAACCAAGAGGAUAUGCAUUUGUUACAUACAAGACGGUUCAGGAUGCAGAAACAGCCAAAGAUGCUCUACAUAAUUUGAAAGUAGGAGCAAAAAAUAUUAUUGUUAGAUGGGCUCAUAGUGUAACAGAGGUAAUUGAUGAAACAUUACAACCAUUAUCUUUUCUUAGUAAUGAUUUCUUAAUAAUAGCUUCUCUGUUCAAGCCUGACAUUGACAAACCAAAGCCAAAAAUAGAUAUACCUGCUUUAGCUGGGGCUAAAAAGGAAGAUAAAAGAAUUAGUCGUGAAACAGCAAUUCAAGCUAUAGAGGCCAAACUGAAACUGAUGAAAGAGUCUGAAGAAGAAUUUGAACUAAACAAACCUUUAAAUGCAUCACCCGUAAUACAUUUAUAUCAAAAACCAGAAAAUCCAAAACCGUCCACAUCAACUCGUUAUCAUAAUCGAAAUCACCAUCAUAACAAUAAGCCAUAUAAUCGUUAUAAACCAAGAAGAUAAUUUAAAUCCCACUUUUAUUUCUUAACAUUAAUAUUAAAAAUACGAUUUAUUUUUACUGAUCAUCUUUCGUUCCAUGACUAUAGUUGAUACAUUAUUUAUAUUUUCUACUUAAAUCAUCGACAUGUAUUUUGUUUUUGUACUAUAAAAUUUUUAGUCCAUAUUUUGUAUUUUUUUCUACUAAUCAAAUAUGAUUCCUACAAUGAUGUAGACGACUAUGAUGACGACGAUGAUGCGACUAUGCAUAUGAUACAAAAGUAUCUCAAUUUACUAAUAAUGCAAUGCUUAAUAUGUACACUAAUGUACAUGUAUUUUCAUAAUCAAUGACAUCUUUUUAUAAUAAACGAAUGUACACUUUAAA